UUUCAGGAAGUGUGUUAUAAGGAGAGUUACUGUAAGUAGCUUCCCAGACUGUCAUUAGUCCCAGACUUUGAGGAAGUAUUGCCAUCUAGUUUCGAUCAUAUUCUAGUUGUUGAACAGAUUAUGGCUGCUGUGGAGACAGAUGUGCUCGGGGACUCGUCGCACCCUAUGAAAUGACGCUGCCACAAUGCUUUUCGGUGUCCUGUGCUUUCUAGUCGUCGUCCAAGUACGGUCUGAGGCACCACCAGGUCCGCCCCAGAACAUCCAUGUUGAUAACUGGCUGCUGUCAUGGACCCCUGCCACCAAGGAGGAAGAUGUCACCUACACCGUUCAGUACAGCAGCUUUGACAGCCGCGUGUGGACAGAUGUACCAGCCUGCAUCCAUAUAUCAUCCGAUUCCUGUGAUGUCAGUUCCACUAAAGCCUUGGGCGAGCACGGCUGUGUUAUGCUGCGUGUACAAGCAGAGAAGAAACAUGGGCUGACCUCGAAACCAGUCAAGGCCUGUAGCAGACAUGGUGACUCCUGCACUCCUGACUUCAGUCUGACUGCAGGGCCCGGCUCCCUGACUGUACAUUUGAGUAGAAACCACAGUUUGGCUCUGAAACAUGAAGACCAUGCAAAAUACAGGGUUUAUUAUGGCAAGGAAGGAGAGCCCCUUAAGAGUUAUAGAGAUGAUGUUGCCUCAGUGACCAUCCGUGAGCUGCAGGAGGGACAGCGUUACUGUACAAAAGUGGAGUAUAUCUACUUCGAUGUGAGCGUCGGACCACCCACCUGUACCCAGUGUGAGGUCAUCCCUGAGUCAAAAAAAGAUUCAAAACUAACAGAAACAGUAGUAGCUGUGGUGCUUGUCAGCGUCCUGCUCAUUACGUUCAUCGCGUACCUCCUCAUCUUUCAACGUGGGAGGAUCAAACAGUGGCUGCAACCUCCAUACCAGAUCCCAGACAACUUUCUGCUGAAGCCUGAGCACCACCUUCCCAUCUCCACCAGCAUUCCCACUGAGGAGCACUGGGAUGUAAUUUCCUGCAUUUCCCCAGAGGAGUCCAGAGAAUGAAAGCCACUGUCCUCUCUGCCUCUGCACUACACUCUGGCCUUCUCACUCUGCUGUUGUGGAGAUCAGAUCUGUCGAUUGAGCUGCUGGGAGAUACACUCUGCAACCUGCUGUCCUGAAGCCAUACGUUUUGCUGAGAUGGAUUCGACUCAUGAUAAAUGACAACUUGUCAAGUCAAAACUUAAUAGCUGAGAAGAGGAGGUCUGAUUUGAUCUAGAUUUAGCUUUCGCUCUGGGAGAGAAAAGGGAGUUAUAAAACGACUGAGCCACUCUCUAGACCACUAGCUUUAAUAGGCUCCACACUGUGUUACUAUCCCCACUCUCAUUUGGUUUCAUAUGCAGGGUCCGACGUUAAGGUUUUUUCCUACUUGCCCUGCUGGGUAAGUACUUCUCAAAUCUACUUGCCCCAUCUAAAUUCUUACUUGCCCUGCAUAAGAGGUUCUUUUUCUGGCUGUGUGGUGCAUAUAUUAGAUCAUAACUUAUAUCUUACGUCAGCAGAGACGCUCAGCCAAUGGAGGCAGCAGCACAUAAAAAAGCAGCACACUGCAACUGGCCCCUCCGAGGACAGAAACAGGAGAGGAAAUACAGGCCUGGAGUUAAGAUAUUUUUAGGGCAAGGCCACU